CCCACGCUGCACCACCGCCCGGCCGACUUUCCGCUCGACAAACUCACCGGACGCGCACAUUCUUGCUGACGGCGGAGACGGUGCUGUUGCUGCCCUCGCUGCUGCUCGACGUGUCCUGAGCAGCCGCUGAACGCGAGAAACGGGCGGCAGUCACGAGCUCGCUCCAUGAAAGACAGCACCCACGAGACCGGCGUCGACGAAAGAGCACUUCUGCUCCUGCACCCACGCGUCGACUCUCCGUUCACCACCGCGCCAUGGAGGCAACACUCUCGACUGCCCCCGCGUCACCCAACGACACUGAUCACAACAACAUGACAGACCACAAACACAUCAGCGAGCAUACACACACCUCCACUGCCACCACCAUGAUGCCGCCCGAACACUCGACCAUGGCCCAGAUGUCGUUCGGCCCUGCAACGCAGCAGACGGUCACCACGGUCACGACCACCACGACGGUGUCUCUGCCUCCGCUCGUUAUGAAGCCGCCCAAGGACCUCUACGACCGAGACCCCAAACAGUACCCGCUGGCCUUUACGCCGACGCCAAGCUCCAUCAAGAGGUUCUGCUUCGACGUCAAUGGCCGUCCCACUGUAUUCCACGAGUCUGAGGAUCCGGCCGAGACCAUGCGGAGGUACAAGCAGCUGCAGGCCCAGAUCCACCGCAGCAAUGGUUCCAUCCGCCAAGAGGAACGCCACGACGGCUACGAGACGCCCGUGUGUGCUCUCGAGGAGCAGCAGCAGCAAGGAAAGAAGCCACAGAGCGGGCGGUCGAACUCGCUGAAACGCAGUGCCACUCCGGUGUCGAUAGCAGAGGCGGCCGAGCUGGCGAGCUUACAGAGGAAAACCAAGAAGCAGCGUUCAUCGUUACAUCGGACUUACUCAGAACUGACCGAACAGCCUUCCCUCAACGAGCGCAGUGCCGCCAGAGCAUCACAGCAGCUUGGAAACCCUUCACAUCCAUCGCCCGUCACGCCCGAUACCGACGUCAUGGGAGCUCUGCCCCGAGCUGCGGCCGGCAGGCAAGGUCCGAGCAAGAGCAGAGCAGGUGGCAAGCCUUCGCAUUCACGAGUGCAAGAGCUACAGGACGAUAGUCAGGACACACAGAUGGCUGAUCUGGAAGAUCCAGAAGAGGACGACUCGGAGCUCAGUGUGGGGAGUAGCUAUACAUCGAAAAAGCUGCCGAGCCUGGAACAAACAGCAGAGGCUUGGGCCGCGCAGCGUGCCAGUGCAGCUGCCACACCACCGAUAACAGACACCGAUCUGAUGCCGGCACCGCGUGCAGCAGAGUCUAGGAGACCGAACUUGCCUGGCAUAUUGACCAGCUCGCAGCAGGACGCCAGCCUACCGAGCCCUAGUCUGUCGCCCAUUACUGCCGCUGCAAAUCUAGCUUCUCGUCAGAACGCAUUCGAUAGGUCGUUUGCGGAACACAACGAGGAGAACGCCAGCGUGGUAUCGGGUCUGGAUCUCGAUGAUGACAGUAAGACGCAAAGCACAAAAUCUUUCGAAUCGCAACCUUCCAAAGGCUCUUCCAAAGAGCCACCGUUCAAAUUCACUCAUGGCACACAAUCUCAGCCUUCAGCAAGCGGGCCUACGAUCAUGGACAUUCCUACCAUGGUUGACGCAUUCGACAGCAUGCCCGAAGCUAUGCAAACAUACCUGAUAUAUCAGUUCCUCCGCCGAUGUGCAAAGCCAACUCUGCAGAUGGUCGCUAAUGUCGUCAAUCCUGCGCUGAAGUGCGACCCCUUCAACAUCCUUCCAGCUGAGCUUGGUCUGAAUAUCACGCGAUUCCUCGACGCGCAGAGCAUGUGUCGCGCGGCACAGGUGUCAAAGAGAUGGCGGAAGCUUAUCAACAGUGACGAGAAGGCAUGGAAGGACCUGCUCGAGCGCGAUGGUUACACUCUACCCGACGGCGAGAUUGCGAGAGCUGUCCGCGAAGGCUGGGGUUGGCAGCACCCUGGCGAGGUGGGACACGAGCAGGACUUGAGCAAGGCCAACUCUCCCGAGCCAGGCGACGAUUCGACACUGGCCAGCGAGGAUGAGCUCACAGCCUCUUCCACUUUGACUACGCGAGAUCGAAAGCGCAAGGUCGUGAAGUCCUCGAGUGCGAAGAAGCAUAAGCGUCGACCUGUACACGCUUCUUCUUCACUCACGAAGCCAACUGCGACACCAAACAGCAAGUGGCUGAAGCUCCUAGGUACUGCCAAGGGUGCCAACGCAUUUGCUCACGCAGCUAUGCAAGCUGUUCCGCAUCCUUCGGUCGGACUGGAGAGCCUCCGUAACAUGCACCUCUUCAAAUCCCUCUACCAGCGCCACUACCUCAUCCGCAAAGCGUGGAUGGAUGAGGAGAGCCAGCCUCAACACCUUGCCUUCCGGGCACAUCAUCGACAUGUGGUUACUUGCCUCUUGUUUGACAGUGACAAGAUCUUGACUGGUAGUGACGAUACUAAGAUCAACGUCUAUGACACCAAGACGGGCGCACUUCGGAACCGCUUGGAAGGCCACGAGGGAGGUGUGUGGGCACUACAGUACGACGGCGAUAUCCUGGUGUCCGGCUCUACAGAUCGCAGUGUCCGAGUGUGGGAUAUCAAAAGCGGUCGUUGUCUGCAGAUUUUCCAGGGCCAUACGUCUACGGUCCGCUGUUUGGUCAUCUUGCAGCCUGUGCAGAUUGAUACUGAGCCAGAUGGGACGCCCAUCAUGAUGCCCAAGGAACCACUGAUCAUCACAGGCUCUCGCGACUCAACGCUGCGCGUCUGGAAGCUACCUAAGCCAGGCGACCGCCAAAUAUGGCAUGCUGGACCGCCAGCAAACGAUCAUGACAAUCCGUACUUCUUGCGAACACUCUCGGGCCACCAUAACUCGGUGCGUGCCAUUGCAGCUCAUGGAGAUACCUUGGUGUCUGGUUCAUACGACUGCACUGUCCGUGUCUGGAAGAUUUCGAACGGCGAUCUGGUUCAUCGUCUUCAAGGCCACACACAGAAGGUCUAUAGUGUAGUGCUCGACCACGCGCGCAAUCGCUGCAUUUCAGGCUCGAUGGAUAAUCUCGUCAAGGUCUGGGAUCUGGUGACUGGCAGUUGCUUGUUCAACCUCGAAGGCCAUACUUCCCUUGUCGGACUUCUCGAUCUGAGCGAUGAUCGCCUCGUCUCCGCCGCAGCCGACAGCACUUUGCGCAUCUGGGACCCUGAGAACGGUGCUUGCAAAGCUACUCUUUCUGCCCAUACUGGUGCCAUCACUUGCUUCCAGCAUGAUGGGCAGAAGGUCAUCUCUGGUUCCGAUCGUACCUUGAAGAUGUGGAAUGUGAGAAACGGCGAAUGCGUUCGCGACCUACUCACAGACCUGAGCGGUGUGUGGCAAGUGAGGUUCGACGAGCGCCGUUGCGUUGCUGCUGUGCAGCGCAACCAGUUGACGUAUAUUGAGGUCCUCGACUUUGGUGCAGCACGAGACGGAGUAUCGACUGAACAGCGCGGACGACGUGUCGUCGUUGAUGCACGCGGCAGAGAAAUGGCAGAUAUCGACAUCGACACUACGGGCUCGGUGCACGAGGAUGCUGCCGCCGCUUAGGGACUUGACUGGCAGUAGUCUCUGUCGACUCUGUUCCCGCUGCACUCGGCCUGACCAUGAUACCACACACACUUUUAAUCACCAAUGACGAAUUACUCGGCUUUCUCAAGGCGCGCAUGAUUGCAUGGAUUGCAUACUACUUCGCAAACCAGGAUUGCAUAUAUACCCCCGGUGCGUACUUUUCUUUCUGCUGGCAGCAUUGAACAUUCUACAUUCGACAACGAAUCGGAGACUUGAAGAAGGAGGGAAAGGGUUGCAGAAAUGAAUGGAUGGAUGAGGAAACUAAAAGCUUCCUUCGAGAUUCUUCAAAAGCUACAUCAGCUUCUUGUGCUUCACUUGCGAAGGGAGCGCGGACGGAAAGGCAAUUAGGUUUCUUACUGGCGCAUGGCUUGACUAGGCAUUGCUUUUCUGCCUAAUAAUGGAAGGAACAGGAUGGGUUUCUUUGCUUCUCGUCGUCUUCUCGAAUGCAUGGUUGAGAUGAUGCAUCUUAGGGAGUUUUUCCUUUUGGGGGCGCUUUUGAUCGUCGGCGGGUUUGACUUUCUUCAGCAC